GGCUCUCUGAGUACAAAGAUUUAAGAUUUUAUGUUAUUUAUAGUAACCUUAUCAAUCAUCAUAUUUUUCAUGUCCAGAUUCCUACAUUGUUGUAAUAGAUUACAUGACACAUACAUUCCAGUAUUUCUUUUUAUUUUAUUUGAAAUUUUAAAAUAAUCCAAAUUCCAAAAACAUUUGUCAAUCAUGCCCAUCCCUUUCAAGCUCCUCCCUUUUGCUUUCUCUUUCUCUUUUCUUUUGUCUCAUCUUCUCCACAAAAGUGAAAAGAAUAUAUUUACACAAUUAUUCACUUAAUUAUUAUUUUUAUUACUAUUAUUUGUAUCCACCACUGUGCUUCUUCAAAGCCCAAGACCUAGGGUUUCGUUUUUCAAAAGUCUGUUCCUUUAUUUCCUCCAUUAAAGCUUAAGAUUUAACUCUAUCCAGUCUCUGUUUUGCCAUUUCAAGGUGUGCUUUUAAAUUGGUUUAGUUGGGUAAAUGCACUGGAGAAGGGCCGAUUUCAGUUAGAUGCAGUGAGAAGCUGGUUUGAGAAAGUAUCUUACCUUUUGGCGGCUGUAUUAGCAUGUCAUAAUUUGAAGAAGUGCUAUUAUAUAGUUGUGUCAAAUCUAAAGAAGGAUGGAAGUUUGAUAGCAUCCUAUGUCAGGUCCAGAGCAUUGGGUAGCUAGUACCUUCAAUGCUUUCUAGCCUCAUCUUGUACGGUGAUGCUUGGCUGCAGUUUCUAAUACUAUUGGUUCCAUUAUAUCCUACUUAGUAUCUAUCUUUGUGAAUGUGGAACUUCAUUUGCCUCUAAACAUAUAUAACUAGACUAAGAGACGACCCUUCUGUGCUGAAAGAAAAUAGCUAACACGGGUGCUCUUUGUUGUGUGGCCGCUGGGCCACAUGGAGCAAAGUCACCUACAGGUGGUAGGGACUCUUCGAACAAUCAUGGCGAGCCUCAUUGGCGGACAAACUCUAGUUUCUCACCUCCUCCAUUGAGGAUGUGGGAUUGCAGAUUGCAAUCUGAUGGUUUACCGCAUGGAUCUCAUGGAGUUCAUGGUUCGUCAUUAUCCUCAAACAGCAGAGGAAGCAGAAGUUGGAUUGCCAGUGAGCGAUUAACCAAUCAUCACCAUUCUGUCUCUGAUGGGGUGCUAUCUUAUUCUGAUAGCCUGCCUGAUAAUGUUCAGGAACCUCGUUGGACAUCGCCAGUGCAAAAGUUUAAUUUAGGCGAGAUUGCUGCUUCAAGUGUGGGAGGAUCAAGACCCCAAACCUCUUGGUUUCCUUCCUCGACUGAGAGGCAAUUUAUUCUUAGAGCCACUGCAUCUUCCCCUAGUUUUGGGUCUCCAUCCUCACUUUCUGAAUCCAGCCAUUUGGAAUCAACUAGCAAGCGACCUUUUGCUUUCUCCAACCGCAACUUCCCAAGCCGACGCUCUUACAUGUCAAAAGCUGUUUACCCCCUAGUGUUUCGCAACCCAGUGUCAGAUUGUGAAACCUUUGGUGAUGUUGAUAUCAGCAGUAUUGGUAGGUUGACACCUGGUGAGGAUUUGACAUCGCCAUCUCGUUGGCCUGAUAAUAGUUCAAGUGCCGAGUAUAAGUUCCACAAAACCCUUACUGAUCUUCAAAAGUUAGAGACAUCUCCGGAACCCAGCGCGAGCUCUAGAAGAGAGGGAUUUAGGUGGAGUAGUGCCAGCAGUUAUGAUUUGGGGCUUGAUGGUGACAGGUUUGAUGUAGCAGAGCACAUGGAUGCGGAGAGCCUGAGGUCACCUAGCUGUGCUGUGCCGGAUCAGAAAUGUGGAGUUUGCGGAAAACUUUUGUGGCAGAAGUCUCCCUGGAGUUCACACCGAAUCAUGAGAGGUGGUGACAUGCCUAUUGCUGGUGUACUACCAUGCAGCCAUGUGUUCCACGCUGAAUGCUUAGAACAAGUGACUCCAAAGACCCAGAUUCAUGACCCUCCCUGCCCCUUGUGUUUUAGAACCAUUGGAGCAAUCGAAGAAUCUGCAUCAGUUUCGGAGCCCUUGCAGGUAGCCUUACGGUCCAUGAGGGGGAGCAGAGGGGUUGUGAUAUCUGAGGCCCAGGGGAGUCACACUCAUAAUGAAGCCUCUACUCACAUGAAGAACAGGUUAAGGAAAAACUGGCUUCGGGCAGUGCCACAGAGGAAUUAUAAUGGUUCUUCAUUAACGAAUCGCCUUAAAAGGCAUUUCACAUUUGGGGGGAAAGGUAAAGAUAUUUUCAGUACUAAGGUGUUCUACAAGAAGGGUUCGUCUUCUAGCCAGGAACCUGUUCGACCCCAAAUGUCUAUGCAGUAGUCUCAUGUAUGUAUAUCCUCUUGCAAGUAGAUAUGAAGAUCUAUCUCUUUGGUGAACCUCUCUCUCUCCAAGAUAUUUUUUCAAGUUUCUGAGGUCCACCUUUCGGAGACAUUGUUAAGAACCAUCAUGUAUGCAACUUAUUCCAUCAUAUAAACUGUGUGGCACAUCUUUUUUUUUUUGACGAUAUCAGCAGUUCUAUAAGAUAAUCUCUGACCAUAUUUUCUAUAA